GCCUUCAAGUUGUUUUCUUUAAACUUAAAAAAGCCAAAAAUGUACCACUUCCACACGGAUAGGGAGGAUAACUAUUAACAGUUAUUUAGUCUUUAACAUGAACAUUAAUCAAAGGUAAUAAUUUUUUCUGGGUACAUGAUACCAUACAGCAUCCAUAUCAAACUUGCGCGGGCCGCAUGUUUGAGACCCCUGCCAUAAAGUGUCCUAAGCGGAGAGCACGUGGAGGAAGUUCAGCCAGAAGAUGUCGGGCGAAGGAAAGCAGAACACGGGAGGCUGAAGACGAGACGAGAGCGAGCGGCAGGUCACGGUCGGCUAAUGUCGGCUAAUGUCGGCUAAAGUCGUCUGCCGUCCCUGCGCUGACUCGAUAAGCCGCCAGCCUCGUCAACUCGUCUUCUUAUUCUUCUUGUUUUACGGCGCCGCGGAACACUCUGCUGUUGUCUACAGCUCAGAGCGACUUUGGACGCAGGAGGGCAACGCGAGGACACACGCCAUCAAAACCCAAAGCUUUCAAAAAGCCGCCCCCCCCCCCAUCCCUAAACAUGUCGGUUAUGGUCGCUAGUCAUGGCGCGGCUAGCAGGGGGAAUUUCUCAUUAGCUUUUAUUUCAUGCUAUUUUCAUAUUGAACUUCAACAUCUGGGAUGGCAGAGUACGCAGGCGGCCAUUAUGGAGAGCAGAUUGAUGGCGAGCGUCAUCGAACACGCGCGUGUUUACUCCUCCUGCAGUGGAGGUCAGCGAUCGAUGAGGAGGUCAGCCGAGGUUUGGUGGAGCUCCUCGCCGGGCUCCAAUCAAACGGCGACGCCUUCCUUCUUUUUUUCCCCCUGCGCUCGCCGCCAUUUAUCACUCUGAACAGGCUGGGGAUUCAAUUCACACUUGGGCUGGGGUGUGUAUUAAUACUGGACCCCCCCCCCCGCCACCGUACCGAAGCCCCCACUGCUCUCCACACGCAUGCAUACCAUCCGCGUGUCUGACAGGCCAUUUUUACAGCGUGAGAUUUCUACACCUCCGCAUUAGAAGGUGAUAAAAUAUGACAAAUGAUAACCUCAGGAGGAAGGAAGGAGGGCGAUCCCACGCUUGGGAAUAACACCGGACCUUCCCGUUCAUUCACUUGGAUCAUUUGGACACCACGUCAUCCACAUCAUCCACCUCAUCCACAUCAUCCACAUCAUCCACCUCAACCACAUCGUCCACAUCAUCCACCUCAUCCUCAUCAUCCACAUCAUCCACCUCAUCCACAUCAUCCUCAUCAACCUCAUCCACAUCACCACCUCAUCCACAUCAUCCACAUCAUCCACAUCAUCCACAUCAUCCACAUCAUCCACCUCAACCACAUCGUCUACAUGGUCUACAUCGUCCACCUCGUCCACCUCAUCCACAUCAUCAACCUCAUCCACAUCAUCCACCUCAUCCUCCUCAUCCACAUCAUCCUCAUCAACCUCAUCCACAUCAUCCUCAUCAACCUCAUCCACAUCACCACCUCAUCCACAUCAUCCACCUCAUCCACAUCAUCCACCUCAUCCACAUCAUCCUCAUCAACCUCAUCCACAUCAUCCACCUCAUCCACAUCAUCCACCUCAUCCACAUCACCACCUCAUCCACAUCAUCCACCUCAUCCACAUCAUCCUCAUCAACAUCAUCCACAUCAUCCUCAUCAACCUCAUCCACAUCACCACCUCAUCCACAUCAUCCACCUCAUCCUCCUCAUCCACAUCAUCCUCAUCAACCUCAUCCACAUCACCACCUCAUCCACAUCAUCCACCUCGUCCACAUCAUCCACAUCAUCCACAUCAUCCACCUCGUCCACAUCAUCCACAUCACCCACCUCAUACACAUCGUCCACAUCAUCCACCUCAUCCACAUCAUCCAUCUCAUCCACUUCAUCCACCUCAUCCACAUCAUCCUCUUUAGCCACCUCAUCUACAUCAUCCACAUCAUCCACAUCAUCCUCUUUAGCCACCUCAUCUACAUCAUCCACAUCAUCCACCUCAUCCACAUCAUUCUCAUCAACCUCAUCCACAUCACCACCUCAUCCACAUCAUCCACCUCAUCCACAUCAUCCUCAUCAACCUCAUCCACAUCAUCCUCAUCAACCUCAUCCACAUCACCACCUCAUCCACAUCAUCCACCUCAUCCUCCUCAUCCACAUCAUCCUCAUCAACCUCAUCCACAUCACCACCUCAUCCACAUCGUCCACAUCAUCCACCUCGUCCACAUCAUCCACCUCGUCCACAUCAUCCACCUCGUCCACUUCAUCCACCUCAUCCACAUCAUCCUCUUUAGCCACCUCAUCUACAUCAUCCACAUCAUCCAUCCACCUCAUCCACUUCAUCCACAUCAACCACAUCAUCCACCUCAACCACAUCAUCCACAUCAUCCACCUCAUCCACCUCGUCCACAUCAUCCACAUCAUCCACCUCAUCCACCUCAUCUGUCCACCAUCUUUCUUGAUACUUGAUGCUACAUUUCAUGUUUGUUUGUUUCAUCCGUGUAAUGAGGCCGGAGCUUCUCCAGGCUCAAUGCUUCUUAAAACCAGGAGUGCAAAAGAACGCUCCGAGUGACGCUCCUCAUCAUUUCUGCUGCCUUGUGAUUCCCAAAUGUUGGAGAGGUCAGUCCGGCAUCACUUUGGAGACUUUUUCUCCACGUGGGAGGACAGGAAGGAUGAAUGCAGGUCGCUCUCUGUCCGCUUUAACUAGGCCAAGGAAUAAUAUUCAAAUACACCGUGCCCCCCCCCCCAACACACACGGCACCCCAGGUGCUGGUA